AUGAUCGUUAUCAUUUCGCCUUUAAAGUCGUUAAUGGAGGAGCAAGUAGCCUACCUAAACAGUUUGGGUAUAGCGGCUGUUUGUAUCACUGAUGAAGCCAACGAUCAUGCAAUGCAAGAUGUGAUACAAGGCAAAUAUUCACACGUUUAUGCUUCACCAGAGUGUAUUCUGGCAACAACCAAGUGGAGAUAUAUAUUUGCUUCCAAACUAUUUUUGGAAAAUCUAUCCGGAGUGGCAAAUGACGAAGCCCAUUGUAUCAGCCAGUGGUAAGUAAAACUUAGCCUGUACCUAUUAAUGAAAUCUCAAAUUUAACAUAUUAAUUUCUGAAGGUUGACAAAGCAUACAAUGAUAUAUACUAGUGAUUGCCUGAUUGGUGUAAUUUUGUUAUAUACUUUUCACAAAUAUUGUUAAGUUGUUUUCUCAACUAUUCAGGGGAAUGUCAUCAUAUGGGCGAAGAAAAGAAAGCAUUCCAUUCAGAAAAUGGUAUGGUAACCUCUGUGAAUUGGUGUCUCUGGUUCCAUCAAAUGUAAACUUUCUCAUUUUUACAGCCACCGCCACACAGUCGACAACAGAUUGCAUUCUUGAUAGUCUGCAUAUACCAGUGAAGAAAGUGUAUACUGUGAAAAGAAGUCCGAACCGUAAUAAUUUACGAUACAGUUUACAGUACAUUGAUAACAAUAUGCCACUUGAGAUGGUUUUUCGAGGAAUAAUCAAUGAAGUGUUUCAGAAAGGAGCUACUACUGAACGGACAAUCAUCUAUUGCCAAACCUGA